CUUUAUAUUUUAUCCUUUUAAACUGUUGUAACAUGCGUACACUUAACAAAGACUUAAAACCGGCACUAUAUAUGUGAAGGGCCAUGCAUUAAGGACCAAUUCCUUCACACAAAGGAACAAUGUUACCAUCCAGAAAAAGCAGGGAAAAAAACUAAAGGCAAGCAUGUUGGGAGCCAUAGCCAAGAGGUGGAAAGUUCUAAGCGGCCAAAACAAAUGGAAAGGCCUCCUUGACCCACUUGACCCAGACCUUCGUCGCUACAUCAUUCACUACGGCGAGAUGGCUCAGGUUGGUUACGACGCCUUUAACUGGGACCGUAAGUCCUUAUACGCCGGUGAUUGUUAUUACUCUAAGAGCCAAAUCUUUGCUCGAACUGGCUACCUUAAAGCCAACCCUUUCAGGUACAAUGUGACCAAGUACAUCUACGCAACGGCUUCUUUAAACCUACCAAUCUGUUUCAUCGUCAAGUCUUUGUCAAAGGAAGCCUCGCGCGUGCAGACUAACUGGAUUGGUUACGUAGCCGUGGCUACAGACGAGGGCAAGGCGCUGUUAGGGAGGAGAGACAUUGUUGUAGCUUGGAGAGGAACUCUUCAGCCAUAUGAAUGGGCUAACGACUUCGAUUUCCCACUUGAGUCAGGUGUCAAAGUUUUCCCUGUAUUCGACUCCAAGAUCGUGCCUCGUAUUGGAAGUGGCUGGCUCGAUGUCUACACCUCUUCUGAUGCUAAGUCGCCUUAUGACACUACUAGCGCACGAGAACAGGUACAAGGAGAGCUCAAGAGAUUGUUAGAUGUUUACAAGAACGAGGAAGUGAGCAUCACUUUCACAGGCCAUAGCUUGGGCGGAGUAAUGUCAACUCUAGCAGCUGCAGAUCUUGUCAAUGGCAAGAAAAACACGAUCAGUGCAGGACUUGAAAGAAAGCAAGUUCCCAUCACAGUUUUUGCAUUUGGGUGUCCUCGGAUUGGGGACCAAGACUUCGUGAAAAUCGUCGACUCACUAAAACAACUAAACAUCCUAAGAAUAGUCAAUGUUCCGGAUGUGGCACCACAUUAUCCACUCUUGCUGUAUGCAGAAGUAGGCCAGGAGCUCCAGAUCAAUACACUGAACUCGACUUACCUGAAAAGGUCUCUAAACUUUAGGAACUAUCAUAACCUGGAGAUAUACCUGCACGGCAUGGCGGGGAUGCAAGACAAAGCGGGGCUGUUUAAGCUGGUGAUUGGUCGGGAUAUUUCAUUGGUCAAUAAAGGUUUAGAUGCUCUGAAAGACGAGUUCUUAGUGCCUAGUACCUGGAGGUGUCUUGCAAACAAAGGGAUGGUUCAAAAGGAUGAUGGCACAUGGCAGCUGGAUGUCCACAGGAAAGAUCAUGAUGAUGAUUGACCC